AUUCCCAAAUUGUGGGUAGAAGGGAUUUCGUCCCGCUCCCUUGGACCUCACCGUUCUAGUUGCCUCCGCUGUUUAUUGACGUGGGCAGGGAGAGCAGGGAGACGAAGAAGAAGAAGAGGAAGGAGGAGGAAGAGAUGGUGAGGAAGGGCGGGGUGAAGUUCGAUGAGGGGCCUCCCGACGGCUUCGACCCCAACGAUCCGUACGCGGACCCGGUAGCACUCCUGGAGCAGCGGGAGUACCUCGUCAGGGAGAAGUGGAUCGACAUCGAGAAGGCCAAGAUCAUCAGGGAGAGACUCCAAUGGUGCUACCGCAUCGAAGGCGUCAAUCACCUCCAGAAGUGCCGCCACCUCGUCCAGCAGUAUCUCGAUGCGACUCGCGGCGUUGGUUGGAACAAGGAGGCCCGCCCCAUCGAACUCCAUGGUCCGAAGGUCUCGAAAUCAACGGACUAGAGUCGGCGUUUGGAGGUGCAGACAAUAAUGGGAUAUUUGCUUGUAUCAUGAUUGUCAAGAUCUGGCUUUCGCUUGUUUCCCAGUGGUGAAGAACUCUUUCUGGUCAUUCUUGUUAACUUUGGAUAAACUUUUUUUUAGUGCAUGCCUGCCAUAUUAUGAAAUAAUCCUUUGGAUCAAACAUGUUAUCGCUAACCAUUUGUUCAAAAGCUUUUUUUGCCGCUGCUCCUAUACUCACCUAAUAAUGAUAUUGAGUGUAUAUUACUUUA